AUGGACCAACCGCCUCUCUCACCUCCGGCAGAGCCCGAAUCAAUCUCAACAGCAAAUCUUCCCUCAAACGCACCAGUCCCGCUGGACUCCCCCCUCCGCACCAACCCCAUUCAUCCCUCCCUCCCCGAUAUCCGCGUCCCCGGGUCGCCUUUAAGACCAUACCAGUACGACCCAGUCACCUGCACACCCAUCGAUCUGGAAUCUGACUCUUUCCGGACUCAACUUGACCACCUCAGAACGGAAUACGCAACCCCUAGCGCUGCGCUGAAAGCGCAGGAGCAAGUAGCAAAGGAAGCAAAGCGGAAGAUCGAGGAGGCGGAGAAGAAGCGCGAGGAAGUGCAAAAAGCCAUGGAUAAGAAGGUUAAGGAACGGGAUACGGAGAUGAAGGUGCUGUCUAAGUAUCAGAAGAGUGGUACGGCACUCCGGACUCUACAGAAACUUGGUGGCAGUCACAACUAUGUGCGCUGCAAUCGGCUUCGAAGACGCCAAAAUCGCCAGACAGGGGUCUACGGACAACACAACACAGCUGCCCGGAGCUUGAAGUACGGCCUCAUGGGUAAAUAG